CCCCGGGAGGUGCCGCAGACGCUUCCCUGUGCCGGGGUGAGAUGGCGGCGCCCGGAGCGCCGGUGACCGUCACCGUCACUUACAGCAAUGAAAAGCACAGUAUUCAGGUUGCUUCUCAACAAGAAGACGGUGAACCUACACUACAAGACAUGGCUGUACUUAUUGAACAAGUCACUGGAGUUCCAGUUCCCUUUCAGAAACUGAUAUACAAAGGAAAGUCUCUGAAAGAACUGGAACAACCAUUAUCAGCACUUGGCGUUAAAAAUGGUUGCAAAGUCAUGUUGAUUGGGAAAAGGAAUAGUCCAGAAGAAGAGGCUGAAUUAAAGAAGUUAAAAGAUUUGGAGAAGUCAGUGGAGCAAAUAGCUAAUAAGUUAGAGGAAGUUAAUAAAGAGUUCACAAGUAUCCAGAAGGGAUUUUUAGCAAAGGAGCUCCAAGCAGAAGCACUAAAACAGCUGGACAAGAGGAUAAAAGGAACUGCAGAGCAGUUCAUGAAAACCCUGGAACAGAUUGAUGCCAUUAAUCUGCCAGAGAAUUUCAGUGAUUGCAAACUCAAAAAGAAGGGGUUAGUGAAGAGGGUUCAGGUAUUUCUUGCCCAGUGUGAUACCAUUGAAGGAAAUAUUGGUCAAGAAAUGGACAAGCUACAGUCAAAGAAUUUGGCAUUGGCAGAAUGAGGCAUCGCCUUACAUAAUUAGGAAACAUAAUUGCUCUAUGAGCAAGAAGAAAAGUUUGCUCUUUGUUUUGGAGCACAUAUCCAGCUUCCGUUUUUUUUUUUUCUUUUUUAAACCCAGUCUGUUAGACUGGUACCAGUCAAUCAUUUCUUGCUGGUUUGCCGCUUGGUUAGAAAUAUUAUUUUGAAAAGAAAAUCCUUCCUGAAGAAUGGCAGAACUAAUCUUUGUGAUGAAUUAUGUAUCUUAUGGAUGAAUGUUUAGUUAACUAAGUUAUGAAGUUUUUGAUGAUGGGCAAUUUUGUCUGAUGUAUCUUUGAAUUUAUUUACAGCUCAAAUCAAAGAAGGUGUAUAAUUGUACAAGUGCCAUAAGUUGCAGUUGUAGGACUUCAGCUUGAUUGAAAAAGGCAAACUGAGACAACAUCUGGGAAAGCUGAACAUUCUAGUAGACAGUUCAGAGCAAUAAAAAACCCUCCGCAUUUGUAUCUACUUAAUGUUUGUAUGCAUUUAUAAAUAUAAGAAAGCUUGACUAUAAGGGAGUUGUACCUAUUUUAGCCUUAAAUUGUCAUAAUAAAUGGAAUGUACUGUAACAUGUAUGGUACUUAA